CUGAUUUCGAUUUUUUUGUGUGAAAGGGAGGAGUACCAAACAGGGAAGAAGCAGAGAGAAAAGGUCUGUUCAGACUCCAUUUUACACACGACAGAGCAGAAGGCGGGUGUUACUUGUUCAGGUCUCUGAUUUGAGAAGAUGAGUGAUUUGAAGGAAGAGGAGGACAGAUCAGAGUCUCCAGUACGGCCUAAACGAAAACCUCCAGUCCUCCGUGAUGAUCCUGGCCCCUCAGACACUAAGAUCAAUGACAAAGUGCUCACAGCUGAGAAACACAAAAAAUAUGACUCUGAGGUCAAACUGGAGGUGAAAGCAAAGAUGCCUGAGGAUGACAAAAAGGCACCAUUAUCCUUCUUACCUGAACUGACAACUGAUUCUUCCUACAGGUUCAGGUGUCCUGGUCCAGGUGUAUUCCAGUGCGCUUUGACCCGGCUGGUGUUUGGUGUGGCUGAGGAGGCGGAGCUGCUGUACAGGACUGUCCUAUGGGAUGAGAGCCUCCUCCAAUCAGCUGGCAAGACGGCCGCAGGGAUGCUGUUUAAUAUCAGGUGUUCUGAGGACGCUGUGUGUCAGCUUCACCUCCCACACUGCGAAACAAAGGAUGCGUUGCUUGUUGACGGCCCACUGUCUGCCGUCCACAUCGCUGAUGAUGGAAUGAGCGUCUUGGAGCCGCUGGAGAUUACAGACACUCAUGUGGUUGUGAAGGUCCCCCAACUCUCGGCCUUUGGCUUGGUCUGGGACACCGAGAAAAGGUUUCUGAACACCUCUCCGCCAGUAAAUGGCCAAGUUCUGCUGUUCCUCCGACCCCCGCACACAAGCCAUCAAGUCCUCGACGUUUUUCUGCUGCAGAACAACAUCCCCGUGCGCGAGGUUACCAUCCAACAAGCAGGCGCUGAGUUAAUCUGGAUGUCCUCUGACUGUCAUCUCAGCUUUGGUAAAAGUUACAGCGUCUUCUGUGAACCUGAGGACUUCACAAUACAGCCUGAGCGUGCGCCAUUUUACCCAAAGUAUGGACCAAACUUCCACCCAACAUUCGAAGUUUUCCUGACUACGAACCCACAGAAAGUGACUUUGAAGGUCCAAGACCAAGAGAGGAAAGAAGUCUGGAAACGUGAUGUGUACCUGACAGGUCCAACAUGGGAAAUUCCACAGAGGAAGAGGGAGUCCCGGCAGACAACUGAGCACUGAGUGUCUGAGUGUCUUGCUUCUGGAUAAACUGCUCGAGCAUCACGUUAUAAAUGAUGAUGAAAUGCAGUCAGCGGAACAAAAACCAAAUACUUGAUCGGCACGGUGCAAAGAAAGGGAACUGAAGCUGGCUCAGUUCUGUGGCCUGUACUACAAAGCGGGGUAACUGGCUUAUCCAGGUAACUUCAGGAGUAACUUUGUGACGUCGGGUGCAACAACCUGAUUAACCCGUACUACGAAAGGUGGAUAGGUGUUACCUGA